AUGCCUACAGAGGCCAAGAAGAUUAUCAUUAAAGGGUUUGACCCUCUAAAAUCAAAACAGCGCCAAGAAAAGUAUUAUAAUGUUAUGAUCCAACAACUUGAUAUUGCUCUGCAGGUCAUUAUGGCCGGCUUGGGCUUGAAGACAGGCUAUCAAGAGCUAUAUUCUGGCGUUGAAAACUUAGCUAAAGCCAAUCAGGCUUACCGAUGCUUUACUUUACUACAGAACCACUUUACGUCCGGUAUACAUUUACUAAGAGAUGCUUGCUUGACUUCCAUUUCUCAAAACAUGGACCAAGUCAAUGCGUGCUCCAUCGUGGUUCGGCAAUGGAAGCAAUGGAUGGAGCGUGUAGAAACUGUUCAAAACGUCUUUUAUUACAUGGACAAGACGUUUCUUGCAAAAUCCCCAGAGUUUCCCACAAUAGAAGAAUACGCUCUUUCUCUAUUUCGCGAGGAGCUUUUGGAUACGAAAACCAUUCAAGUCCCCUUUUUGAAUGACCUUUUGAAGCUUUUCGAAGGGAUUCAUUCUGGAUUACAAAUCGAUCAUGCUUGUCUACAAGAAGCGAUGUCUAUUCUUCAUCGCGUCAAAUACUACGGUGCCGUAUUUAUGCCGAUGUAUCUUGUUUUUUUGGAUCAAUUCUUCCAACGACAAUCCGAGGAGCGGAUAAAUACGGUUUCUGUUAAUGAGUACUUGCUGUAUACUCAGCAAUGUCUAGAGUAUGAAAUGCUGGUCAUGAAUGAAUUUGAUUUAAAUCGACAUCAAAAGGAGAUUCUUCAGACACUACAAAAUCGGUUGAUUCGUAGUCGUUUACCCGUUUUGGUGAAUGGUAUUCAAAAAUUUGUUAAUGAUCGUGAUUUAGAUUCCUGCAAACGUUUGUAUUCACUGUUGCAUCUGACUAUGGAAACAUCUCAGUUAGUUGAGCCAUGGUCUAACUGCCUUACAGACAUUGGGUUUGAACUUGUGAACGAUGAACAGAACGAAGAGAUGUUAGUACCAAAUAUGAUAUCAUUGCAUACUUUCUUACAGUCGGUCAUAGAGCAGGGGUUUUCGAACGAUGAAGCACUUUCGUAUUCCAUGCGGAAAUCAUGGGAAACGUUUAUCAAUGGUGCACCAGGAAAACGUAAAGAAACGCCUGCAAAGGCCAUCGCCAAAUAUAUUGAUUAUUUGCUUCGGCAUGGGGAGCAAGUAACGAACGGCACUCCUUUACAGCAAAUUUUCGAAACAUUACUGGAUAUCUUUCGGUAUGUAGCAAGUAAAGAUGUUUUUGAAGCAUUUUACAAACGGGAUAUUGCGAAGCGCUUAUUGCUGAAUAAAUCGGCUAGUUCGCAAAAUGAGCGGAUGUUGUUGGAGAUGCUAAAGAAGACGUGUGGAAGUCAGUUUACGCAUGCGUUAGAAGGGAUGUUUAAGGAUAUAAAUUUAUCGAAAGAGUUUUCGAGUUCAUUUCAACAAUCCAAGUUGUCCAAAAAUCUUCAUCGGGAUUUGUAUGUGAAUGUGUUGUCACAGGCGUAUUGGCCUGCGUACCCGGAAGGGCAUGUACGGUUGCCGGAGGACAUGCAGGAAGAUUUACAGCAAUUUGAAAAAUUUUAUCUAGCAAAACAAACGAGCAAACGGAUUCGUUGGCUUCCAUCGCUUGGACAUUGUUUGGUGAAAGCGCGAUUUCCUCUGGGAAAUAAAGAGCUUAGCAUAUCACUGUUUCAAGCAUGUGUAUUGUUGGAAUUUAAUAAAUGCGCGCCUGGAGAAGGGCUCACAUACCGGGAUUUACAAAAAACGACAGAAUUGACGGAUGCAGAUUUGACGAGGACUUUGCAAUCAUUGAGUUGCGUUCGUGUAAGACCACUGGUGAUGGUGCCCAAGGGAAAAGUGCCUAAACCGGAUACGAUGUUUUAUGUGAAUGAGAAAUUUACGGACAAAUUGUACAGAAUCAAGAUUAAUCAGAUUUAUUUGAAAGAUGAGCGGCAAGAAAGUGAAGAAGUACAAGAACAAGUGUUGCAGGACAGGCAAUUUGAGCUGCAAGCCGCAGUCGUGCGGAUUAUGAAACAGAAUGAAAGAGUGAGUCAUGAUGAGCUCGUACAAAAAACGAUAGAAGUUUGCAAGAAUCGGGGUAUUCCGGAAAUAUCAGAUAUCAAGUCGACGAUAGAGAAAUUACUCAACAAGGAAUACCUAGAACGACAAGAUGGCGAAUAUGUGUAUGUACCAUAG